GUUUUCGUGCAUCGUGUGCGUUCUCGAAGAGGUGUCUGUAUUUCGCAUUUCUGUUGUAUUAAUUUUUCAAACUGGCAAAGAAAUGCGUCAUUUCUUCAUCGAGUGCAAAAGGCGACCGCUAGGUGUCGCUUGCGUCACUUGACAUUCGUUCGAAAUUCAAUCGACUUUUGCUGUUGUGGUUUCAUUAAUGACGAAGACGUUUGGUUGUGAUAAAUUAAAGCAUUCUCGUCAAUUUUAUUCGAUAACUCGUUCUACAAUGUGAGAUGUUAGCGCAAAAGCCGGCUGGCGGUCGAUCGAAGAAUAGCUGUUCGCUGCGACGUAUGGCGCUUGCGCUCCACUGUUUUGUCUGCGUAAUUCGUCGUUUUUUUUUUUCUUCUUCUUCUUUUACUGCUGUCCUACGCUGGUCUAGUGGCCGGUCUCUGCAACAUUUUUUGGAGGAGCUGCCCGUCGUUUGAUCGUGAAUGUGUAUGUGCGUGUGUGUGUGUGGAUCGUCGUGUAAGAGCAAAACAGGAAGCCAUUGUGUGUGUGUGUGUGUGUGUGUUUGUGUUGAGCUGUGAUUCUCUUCAACCACAUUUCCAUCAAGAAAAAGACGAGCACGAAAAAGAAAAGAGGAAAAGAAGCUGUUGCAAACUUUUCCGGUGUUUAGAAUAGGCGAGAUAUUCAGUUUUCGAUUUUGUCUUUUCCACUCGUGCGUCCGCAAACCGAACAAAACAGAGGGGGAGAAGAAGUGUAUUCCGUUUUAGUCGUUUGAAAGAAAAUCGGCCAAAAAAAGUUGUUCAAUGGCCUUCGAGUAGAGUUUUCUUUGAGUGGCAAAAACAAUCAAAUUGUUGUUUGGUGAAUCAAGAAAAAUCGAGUUGAAAGGGACGACAUGUUGAAGUUUAGUAGCAAAAGUGACGUCAACGCCGAGUGCAAGUGCAUCGUGCGGCUAUUGGACGAUUCCGAAGUCAUCGAAUGCGACAUUCAGCCUCGAUGCAAAGCUCAGUACCUGUUGGAUUACGUUUGCCAGCAGCUGGAUGUUGUGGAAAAGGAUUACUUUGGAUUGCGUUACGUCGACCAUCACAAGCAACGCAAAUGGUUCGAUUUCACCAAAUCAGUAGCCAAUCAAGUCAGAGAUGCCCACAAUUUAGUGCUUUGCUUUCGCGUCAAGUUUUAUCCUCCCGAUCCGAUGAGACUUCAAGAAGCGACUCGCUAUCAAUUGUACCUGCAAUUAAAACGAGAUCUGCAACACGGUCGACUUUACAGCCCAGGACCCGGUCACGACCUCGCAUUUCUCGCAGCUCUUUGCCUUCAAGAGGAAUUGGGUGAUUAUGAUCCGGAACGCCAUCUACCAGGAUACGUCUCGGAUAUGAAUUUGGUGCUAAAUCAGUCGGAAAAACUGGAAAAUCAAGUCGAAGAGUUUCAUUCCGGAAGGGUUGGCGCUCUUGUCGGCAUCUCAGCCUCUCAAGCCGUUAACGCGUUUCUCAAAAAAGCCGCCACGCUCGACACUUACGGCGUCGAUCCACAUCCAGUCAAAGACCCGAGAGGAGCUCGUCUGUACAUUGGGACGAAUCACAGCGGCGUUGCCACAUUUUACAACGGGCGUCGGACCCACCAUUUCCGCUGGAUCGACAUUUCAAAGCUCAAUUACGAAGGCAAAAUGUUUAUCAUUCACCUCAUCAUCAUGGAAGAUGCAAGAACCAAGAAAAAGCACACGGUGGGUUUCAAGUGCGCCACAUCGUCUGCCUGUCGCCAUUUAUGGCGCUAUUCGGUCGAACAACGGAUAUUCUUCACUUUCACUUCAUCGGCGGAAAUUCCGGCUGUCGUGACGGGUGGAAGCUUUUUUUCACGCGGAUCUAAAGUUCGCUAUUCGGGGCGGGUUGAACGCGAACUUGCCCUGGAGGAGGUGGCCUUACUCGCAGCGGCCGCCGCCAGUCAAGAACAUCCGACUGAUCCGGCGGAUCGCCGGAAUCGAUCGGCUACUUACGCGUCGCGACGGUCGACUUCGGAGCCAAUCAGCGGCGACGGUUUCGAGUAUGCAGACGACGAGGAGGAAACGGACGACCUUUCGUUUGACCGACAUCGUUCAAUGGAGCGCACUACUCCCAAUGGCUCCCGCAGGAGGAAUCACAACGAUGAACCGUUGCCAAGACAACGGCAUCGUCAACACGAUCAAGACGUUCUAGAAGGCCACGACAGUUACGAGGCGUCAUCUUGCGGCAGCGGCGCAAGUCAAGACGAUCGUUCAGAUGUGGCAAGUUGGGUGGCUCUCGAUCUCAGGGGCUUGCCUCGCCAUCAUUUGCAGCAUCAACAGCCGCACCAUAGCAACGGUUACGACACUUUAACCAUCGAUUCAGAUUUCUACGGAUACGCGGGCAGUACGACGGGCAGCACAGCAGCUGACCCCAACAGCUGGUCCCUUCAUCCCGAUCACGAUCAUCAAUGGCGUGAACGCGAUCAUUCUGGCAGUCGUCAUUCUGCUUCGCCGGCCCACUAUUCUUCUUCGUCCUCGCGAUAUAAGGACGAACCGUCGGAUGGCUGGUCGGAUUCUGUUCCUCGACAACGACGACGACGAGAGCUCAAAUUGUCGGAACAGGUCCUCCGCGCUGCCAUUCCUCUGCUACCCCCUGGCGGAGGAUCAUUGAUUCCGGCUGGUCAAUCGCCAUCGGGCCCAUUACAACACGUCCAGCAUCCGUGUAAAAUGUGGACCAAACGGUUCUUGCUACUAGGCACGAGCCUUUUCACGGCAUUUUCCUUCAUGGCACUGACCUUGAUCCUCGUCUACGAAACAGAUUUCCAUUGGGCUAUUCAUUUACGUCACUGGCCCGAAAUGGUCUUCAUCCAGCGUCAUUUGUACAUUCCAUUACGUAAUCUAUUCCCAAUCGGGUCCUCAUCAUAACCACGUGAUCUCUAAAGAAGCGUAAUUUUAUUUUAUAUUUUGUUUUUAUUUAUUUAUUUAUUUAUUUUUUUAAUUCUUUGCACCCCGACAAAUCAUUCACGUUCUUUGUUUUGUCGCUUAUUAACGCCAUCUAGCGUACUAAAUCAACAUCUUUUGUCAAUUUAUUUUUUAUUUUUUUAGGAAAAGCUUUCUUUAUUAAAGACUCUAAUUAUCUCUCUAAACUCUGGUUGUUAUUGCUCAUUCCAUUCAUGUCAAUUGUCCACUGCUACAAUCGACCCAGCUCACGUAUGUCUGUCUCUUAAUAAAAAAAAAAGCUUCUUUCAAAUCAUUUAAAAACUAAAAUGUCUUUCAAUUUUAGGAUAAUUUUGUCACACAUUAUGUCGUUUCCUCUGCCAUUGGUUUGAUUUUCUCUCUGCGUUUUGUUCUUUUUGAGUUCCAUGCUUCAUAUUCGAGACACAAAAAAAAUCAAAUUCAACAAAUACACACUUGUUCUAACUCA